UUACUGUAAAAAUGUUUCAUUGUACAAUUUGCGAUGUAAAAUUAAAUUCUGUGGAACAACGACGUGCACAUUGCCGUGGCAAAAAUCAUAUUAAGCGCGAAGAAGCAAGGAAAAAAGCAGAAGAACUCGGAACGGACUUUGAUAAAACACCGGAUCACUGCGAAGUAUGUAAUGUUCCUUUAACUUCUAAAAUGACGGCUAUCGAUCAUUUCCGAGGAAAAAUGCAUCAAAAAAAGGUGAAGGCACUCGAAGAACAACGUCUCGGCUUUAAAAACUACUGUGAAAUUUGCGAUAUUCGUCUUCAAUCGCUGAAAGUUUCUCAGGCCCAUUUCAACGGCAAGCUACACAAGAAACAGGAACGAAAGGUUUUAUUGAAGGGAAAGAAAGCAACGUUGCAGAGAAAAAAUAACUUUGGAGCAUCUCAGUCGGAAGAUUUGAAACCUGGAAUUCAACAGAGAACACCUAAGUUCUCUUCUUCAUGGGAAAAUCUAACGUACGACAAGGAUAGCGAACCUAAAGAUAUAUUUGGAGAAUUUAGGUUCCUCUUGGAAAAGCAAUCAAUUUAUUCUGACACGUCAAGUUCGUCCAGUCUGGCUUCAUCCAACGAUGGUUUGUUUUGCUUUCCAAAAAAUACUGACCAGCCGACCACCCACCCUCAAAGUUCUCCCGAAUGUGAAAAAGCGAACGAAAAUUUCUAUUUUACCGAAUGUUCACCUAAUGAUAGCUUUUGGAACAAAGAACAUUCAAGCAAUUAUAAUUCUUCCUUGCUCAUUGAGUUCGAAAGAAAAAGUCUUGACAUACAAGCCAUCUUGAAUGUGUUGAAAAAUGAAGAUGAAGGUACUUCGUCAAGUGAUAUUUCCUCAAGAAUUCCAAACCUUUCAACUUAUGACGUUAAUCUAAUAUUGAAUGAGUUGGAGAAGAAUCUUUUGGUUACGAAGUCGGGUUAUGCUCCAAUAUUAUGGUCUUUGGUUGACAGUAUUAUUCAUACUUCGUACGAACCGCUGUUGAAUCAAUUCAAUCAACUAACGGUGGAUGGAAAUUACAUGCAACACGAGAAAGAUCAAAUUCACUUUCCACCCACUACCACAAUAACCAAUAGUACAGCAAAUUUGCUAUCCUCGUCUGGAAAUGUUUUAAAUAACAAAACCAGUCAUUUUUCUCCUCCAAUUGUUGACAAACAUCACGAAGACAAUCACUACAUUCAUCAUUACGACUCUCAUAUUGAAGCUAUUUUGUUGAGUAUGUUUGACGAAAACUGUCGCUCAAUUACUUUUUUUGAGAUUAAAAAUAGAAUAAAGUUCGUUGACGACCUUACUCUUAACUGUAUUUUACAAAGUUUGCUCAAACGCAACGUGAUAACGAGCGAUGGUGAUCAAAGAUGGAAGCGAGUAAAAUCUCGAUGUAAUAUUGGAGUGAUAGGAGAGGAACGAAAACGAAGAAGUCCAGAUUUGGAUACUGUUCAGAAAGUAAAUGAAGAUGUGAAUAUGUCCUUGGAAAAUAAUAAUGAUACUUUCCCAUCUUCACUUUUUUCUCAGCCAACAAGCAUAACCUGUGCGAAUACCAAUGAACACAAUGUUUCAACAUUAUCUCCCAAUACGAAUGGUUGUGACAUAAAUUCUACUCAAAAUUCUCCUGGUAAUGAAUCAUCACGCCAUCGUGCCGUUGCGACAGGAACGUCCUCUGGUAUUUCCUCCAAGCACCAGUCUGUUUCAGUAGAACAUGGUCGUGCAAAUGGAUUGUAUAAAAGAAAGAACAUUUCUGAUUCAACGAACGGAUUUUGGAGUGGUCCAAAGAAGGGUAAAGCUAAUCAUGAGUUCGUGCAAAGCUCAAAUGAACGUUCACCUCGUAAUGAGAAAAUAAUUCAAAAUUUUCCACCAAGUAAAUCCAGAUGUUCUCCACCAUUACCAAUGAAAACUACAGCUUAUGAAAUUAUGGAUGAUCUCAUACUGACUCCACUGAAUGCGUAUCAAAAAGAGAUUUACAAGUCUGCGAUGUGUGAAGAUAUCGUUAGUUAUUUACCUUGUGGAACAGGUCAAAAUCUCGUCAUGGCCCAAGUUAUUGCCCAUUUGUUGAUAUUAAAUCCAUCAAAACAAGCGUUUGUGAUUGUACCUGAUUUAUUAACUGCCUUAAAAGUAUCGCAAUUUCUACGAAAAGAACUUAUUUCCAAGAAUAAACGAAAGAAAAUAAACGUAGCUGUGCAUGCUGGAUCACUUAAGCAGUCUAUCGGACGCGUUAAUGUUUCGGUGCUUACUUCAGCAACAUGUCUAAGUUUACUUAAAUGUGGUGCCUUGUCGUGGCGUGAUGCAUGUCUUUUGCUUGUUCAUAACGUUGAAAUGUGCAAAACAGAUGAGUCAUUAAUGAAGAUAUUGCAAGAAUACUACAGGAAGUCAAAAGUGGAUUUGUCUGAUGGAUAUAUUCCCAAGUUGCUUGGUUUUCUUGGCUCGUCUAACGGUGGCGAUAGUCCGCAAGAAACUUUGCAAGAACUGGAAAUGGUGUUGUCUUCUAUGGGAGAUAUCUGUCUGUGCCGAGUUGAAGAAUCUCUUGUCGAAUUACAUAAAGCGAAGAAAGAAGCCAUGUAUGUAUGUGUGCAUACGACGUUGAGUCAAAAUGAAUCCAAGAUGUUUUUUCUCCUGGGAACGUACUUCAAUCUUGUGUUUGAUAAUUUGGCCGCUAAAUGGACGUAUUUGAACUCUUAUCAAGAGCUUGUGAAAAUCUCGUUCAAGAAAGAUUCAGUCAACAGUGAUGCCUUUCUUAAACUGAUCGAAUUAACUGGGCAAUCAUCGGAUAAACGUCCUCAUCGACCUUCAUGUAUGAAAACAUGGCGACAUUAUGUAGCAAUUUGCGAAGUCAUUUUUACUCUCGUCGAAUGUGGUGAGGAUUUAGCGAAGGAGUUGCUCAUGAACUUAUCACGUGAUCCUUGUGGGUUUGGCUGGGCCAAUAACGUAGGCCUUCCUGGGUUUGAAUUAUUGCGUCAAAUAUUGAUGGAUGAAAUGACGCCAUCAUGGGAUCCCAGUGUCACCUGUCCCCGCGGCUCAGGAUUGAAUGAACUACUUCAGCAAUUGACGAUAAUUCAGUGGGAAAACGCUCGCGUAUCGUCUGAAAGGCCACUUGCUCUUGUCAUAGUGAAGUUAAUUAAAACUGCAAACGUGUUGGCCAAUUAUUUAUCAAGAUGUCCUCAAUUGGUGAACAGAAAUGUGAAAACUACUUUCAUUGAUGGUUCUAAAUCGCCUCAACAAAAAGAUAUUAUUUCUGCUAUGAAACGACGCCAAUAUCAAGUUAUUGUUACAACUGACAACAUUGAUGACUUACCUGUACAUUGGGAACUUGUCGUUCUCCUUGAUCUUCCAUCAACUGAAUAUGCUUUGGAGCAGUUACGAAAAAGAAAUGCAACAAAUGUCGUCGCCAUCUCACGCGAUCAUAAUGGCGAACAUCAGCUGAAACAAUUAUUAAAUAGAGAAGAAUGUCUUGAAAAAGUUAUAUCUUACAUAAAAACUGGGACAUCUUCUUACACUCAGAGUUAAACAUUAAUGUUUCAUUAUUGUCAAGUCUGGAGAGCAUUCGCGAGUGAAGUCGUUGAAUAUGGUAUAUUUAAGGUAGAUGAAAAAGCAAAAUAUCCUAUAGUAUUGUGCAUGACACGAACGCAUUUCAUUUGGCACGCGUUGAAAUAACUGUGACUUUUAUAAUGGAAAGCAAGCUUCUUCAAGUGGAAGAAUUGGUAGUAGUCAGUAUACAGAAGAUUAUAUAUUUUGCCAUGCUUUACCUCUGGGAUACGAGGGAUGCCAUGCUUUCCACCUGGGAGGGAGGGAGGGGUGUGUAUAAAUUAUUAAGAAUUUGAUUACGAUGCAUGUUAAAUUAAAGUUGUAAUAGAUUAGAUCUUAUUUCAAAACAUUGAGAGGUGUCGGAUGUUAUUGUGCGAUUUAAAAAGCAUUCUUACUUCUACACCUCAUUUUGUUUUGAUUUUCUGUUAUUUUGUUGUAUUAAAAACGAUGAGAAAAAUAUUUUAAAAGAAAAUGAUGAUUCGAAAUCCUGAUUCCUACUGAGAUAUGAGAAUAUAACGAUUGUGGAAACUGUCUUCUCUUGAAUUGAUAGAAUUUUCGUUUGAUUUCAUCAUUUUGUAUUUAAAAUAACUCAUCGAUAAUAAUUUUUAACUAAAAGUUGAACUGUUUGUGUAGCGUAGAUUGACAUCGGCUCACCGUAUAACGUUGCCGUGUUUGUUUUGUCAGUCAAACAACAAUUGAUUGAAUAAAAAGAACAGAGAAUUUUUAAUAAAAUUACUAAUAAUUUUA